GCUUUUGCACACCCUGGGGAAAGUCCCCGGGUCACGCGGUUGUGUGUGGGGAGCCUGACGCUCAGGCUCGUCUCCACGCUUCCGCCUACAGAGUCGCGACUAGCAACCGUGGCAAAGCCACCCGGAGCGCGGGCCGACCCCCCGCCCGGCCACUUGAGCGGGCGGGCGGGCGCGCACAUACGCACGCACGCACGCAUGCACGCACACCGACCCUCUCCCCGCCCCUCUGGUGCGCCAGCUACGAGGCGCGCGAUCACGUGGGCCCAUCCCGGGACGGCUGGCGCGGGAAGCCGCGCGAGAGCGGGCCGCGGGGUGCGUGAGCCGGCGCCGCCGCGUGACGUACGCGGCGCGGGAGCCGCCCCUCCCGCACGGAGGAGUCAAGCGGCCGCCCGCCGCGGCGGCCUCUGGAUGAGGACACUAGGCCGAAAGACGGUGUAGCUUGAUCGAAGUCCCAUACCUCUUCACUAACUGGACUCCAAGGCUCUAGAUGCCUUGGUCGUUACGCUCCUCGCCACAGCUGGAGUGCGGUGCCAGUUUAACCCACGCACUGUAGAGACUGUCUGCCAGAGGGCCACAAUGGACACAGCUAGCCAUAGCCUUGUCCUUCUGCAGCAGCUGAACAUGCAGCGAGAAUUUGGUUUUCUGUGUGAUUGCACAGUUGCUAUUGGAGAUGUCUACUUCAAAGCCCACAGAGCAGUGCUUGCUGCUUUUUCUAACUAUUUCAAGAUGAUAUUUAUUCACCAAACAAGUGAAUGCAUAAAAAUACAACCAACUGACAUCCAACCUGACAUAUUCAGCUAUUUGUUGCACAUUAUGUACACGGGGAAAGGGCCAAAACAGAUUGUGGAUCAUAGUCGUUUGGAGGAAGGGAUUCGAUUUCUUCACGCCGACUACCUUUCUCACAUUGCGACUGAAAUGAAUCAAGUGUUCUCACCAGAGACUGUGCAGUCCUCAAAUUUAUAUGGCAUUCAGAUCUCAACGACCCAAAAAACAGCUGUCAAACAAGGGCUGGAGGUCAAGGAAGCUCCUUCCAAUAACAAUGGAAAUAGAGCUGCUGUCCAGGGUGACCACCCCCAGUUGCAGCUCUCUCUUGCUAUUGGGCUGGAUGAUGGCACUGCAGACCAGCAGAGGGCCCAUCCUGCUGCCCAGGCCUUGGAGGAGCACCAGAAGCCCCCCGUGUCCAUCAAGCAGGAGAGAUGUGACCCCGAAUCUGUGAUUUCCCAGAGCCAUCCCUCACCCUCUUCAGAGGUGACAGGCCCUACUUCCACUGAAAGCGGUAUCAAAAUACACCUAUGCCAUUACUGUGGGGAACGUUUUGAUUCCCGUAGUAAUCUAAGACAACAUCUCCAUACCCACGUGUCUGGAUCCCUCCCAUUUGGUGUCCCUGCUUCCAUUCUGGAAAGUAACGACCUUGGUGAAGUGCAUCCACUUAAUGAAAAUAGCGAGGCUCUUGAAUGCCGCAGGCUUAGCUCCUUCAUUGUCAAGGAUAAUGAGCAGCAGCCUGACCACUCACACCGGAGUACCACAGAGCCUUUGCAGAUCAGUCAAGUGUCUUUGAUCUCCAAAGACACUGAGCCAGUAGAAUUAAACUGUAAUUUUUCUUUUUCAAGGAAAAGAAAAAUCAGCUGUACUAUCUGUGGUCAUAAAUUUCUCCGAAAGAGCCAAUUACUGGAGCACAUGUAUACACACAAAGGUAAAUCUUACAGAUAUAACCGAUGCCAAAGGUUUGGUAAUACAUUAGCCCAGAGAUUUCAGCCAUAUUGUGACAGCUGGUCUGACGUCCCCUUGAAAAGUUCUCGCUUGUCGCAAGAACAGUUAGACUCAUCUUGUGCCUUAGAGUCAGAACUCACACAAGAAAAUGUGGAUACUAUCCUGGUUGAGUAGCAGUUUCUCCUUCAGGAUUUUUGUAUCAGUUCUGAAAAAGAAAACUCACAUGCAUUUUUUUUUUUUUUCUUUUUGCGGUACGCGGGCCUCUCACUGUUGUGGCCUCUCCCAUUGCAGAGCACAGGCUCCGGACGCGCAGGCUCAGCGGCCACGGCUCACGGGCCUAGCUGUUCCACGGCAUGUGGGAAUCCUGCCAGACCGGGGCACGAACCCGUGUCCUCUGCAUCGGCAGGCGCACUCUCAACCACUGCGCCACCAGGGAAGCCCUCACAUGCAUUUUUUAAUUCAUAAAUUAUUUUUCUCCUCAAGUUCUAUUGACUUUUUCUUUACCAUUUAUCCAUAGUUUUAAGGUUGUAUGUAUUAGAUAGAUCUUAUUGUAAGAUAUAUUGAUACAUAGCUACUAAAAUGUAACCUUCAAUUAGGGCUGUGAACUUUUCAUAAAUUAAAUCACAAUUUAGAAAUCAGAAAUCAAUAAAGAAGUAUGGAAGUUUUUCCAGGUUGUAGAAUCUGUAAAAUCAAAUUGAAUAUGAAAUAAGUGAAAUCUUUUUUGAAGAAUAUUCUAGACUAUCACUUUUGGUUAAUGUUCCACAUGAAUUAAGCCCUUAUGAGGAUUAUUUUAAAAUAUUUUCUGCCAUAUAGGGAAUUAAUAGUUUUUAGUGCAUAACUAUAUGUUAUAAUGUAUAAAACAUUUGUUUUAAGGCAUAGCUAUACCAAAUCAUGAGUAGUUUUAAAUUACUUUUUACUUACUAGCUCUGCAACAUCUUAUGUGGCUUUAUUUAUUUUUUUUAACACUGAGCAUACCUCAUUUUCAAUAAAAAAUAUUGAAGAGAGAGAAGGGGAGAAGAGUCAGAAACACACACAAAAACUUAAAGAAACAGUAAGAUACAUACACAUAGAUAAGCAUAGAAGCCCCUGGUGUUAGAGACAGAAAUUCAGAUAGAUCUGUGUUGACUGACACCCUAGUGUUGUUAUCUUAAUCUAGAGUGUUUUCUUAAAGACCUUAAGGGAGUUUGAGAUUUUUAUGACCAGAGGUUUACAUGAGCUUAUGAGGUAAAUGAUAAAAUACAAAUUAUCUUUCUACCCACAGUAUCAGAAGAUUUUCUAGGCUACCUGGGUUGACAUUAAUUUUCUAAUAAUCACCUGAAAAGGUAAUUUUUCGGUGGCACAAUUUUAACUUUUUUCUGGUCCAUAAAACCAGUAGAGUAGAUACAGUCAGUGUCCUAGAACUAUGUUUAAAAUGCAUGACAGCCUUCCCUCUGUGAAUCAACUUAACUCCCUUUUAUAUUGGUGAAACUUACAAAGCUAAAAUUCCAGAAAAAUUAAAAUUGGUGGACUGAAUGAUAGAUUCUCCUGCUCUGUGUAGCUGGGAAAUAGCUGGUUAAACUUCAGCACAGAGGAUAGACGUAAAUUGUUUCUGAGAUGUUUAAAUUUAAAAUACUAGAUAGUCAAGGAUAACAAAAGAGAAAGGCUUCAGAACAGCCUUAUCUUUUUUUGUAUGCUGCCCUGCUAAAUUCUAAACCUCACAGGUAUUUUAGUAAAUUUAAUAAAUUUGGUUUGUGAAGAUUAGAAUUAAACUACAUACAGAAACUGUUUGAUCUCCUUCCUGACGGCUCACUUCUGCAGUUAUUUCCUGACAUCAGAGUUCCUCAACAGUAUCCGAGUUCAGUCAGGAGGUGGCUCAAAGAGAAAUCCAGCUCAUUCUAAGGGCACAAAGGUUUUCUCUGGGUUAUCAGUGAGUUUAGGUGAAUUAUGAACUGAUAAGUUUUUCUUAAGGAGUGAAUGAAGAAAACCAGUGGACACUGUCUAAGGUGGUUGAGUUUCUGUCCUAGACAUGGAUGGGAAGCCUUGUGGGGCCCGGGUUGAUAUGUGUUAAGAGCAAAAUCUAAGUAGCUGUUGAUACCGAGUCAGUUGUAUUGGGAGUAGUUAAAACAAAUGUAUUGCUCUUUAGUGUCAGAACUGCAUCUAAUCUUAUACGUAAACCAUUUAAGUAAUUAUUCCAACUCAUACUGUCCUCAAAGACUUCAUCUCAUAGGAUGAACACAAAUAUUAACAUUGAUUUCAUGUAUCUUAGGCUAUUCUAGAUAUAUUCCCUAGCCUUUUCCAAGUAAAGUUUUAUUUUUCUCAUUUAGAUAAAAAUUUUCCUGAUUUUUCUCUUCUGUUUUCUUUCCUACUUGCUCAGUCAUUAGUCGUUGACACAAAAAAGUGUGUAUAGCUAAAGGGUGGAAGUAAGUGUGCAUAUGAAUUGUGGUGUAGGGCAGCAGUUCAGGGCAGAGUCUGGAUGUGGCAAAAGUUUGCUUUUGGCUGACUGUCCAUGAUAGACAACAUUAACUUAAAGCAGAGAUAUAUCUACUUUUGUUGGUUGUUAAGAAAAGAGUGCUUAACUGUAUUUUUAUUCUUAUUCAUAAAGUUCCUUUUAAUAUUAGGAAUUCAAAACAAAUGUUCUUUCCUUCAUCUUCACAGUAUUCUGUCUGUAUUAGGAAGUGGGAAAAUGAUUACUCCAUGUUAUAGGAAAAAAUCCCAAAACCUGGGUUCCAGAGAGCCAGUGAAUAGUGGUGUGGGGAAUGACCCCAGUUUUAUCGUUUUCAUUCAUUCAACAGGAAUAUUUUAAAAAUAGCUAUUUUAUGACUAACACUGUGCCCUGAGUGUAUUUUUUUAAGACAUGAUUCCUCACUAAGAAAAAUCUGCUUUGUAUAAAAAAAGUCCUUCCAGCAAAACCCUUUAGUUUUGACUACAUCAUUUGUAAAAUGGAGCUAUUAUCUUAGCGAUAUAGUAUCGUUUGCAUGAUGAUUACCAAACUCUUAAAACUGGAAAUGCUGUGUACACCUUAAUGUAUUGGGCAAGUACUAGACAGACAUUUUCCCUUUGGAUCAGCUUAGAAUUUUCCCUUCUUUCUAGAUCCCACAUAAAAUUGUUCUCUGGAGGAAAACAGAUUGUUUCAGUAUUUGUCCUUAUUAGCCUAUUGUCAGAACUCAGUAUCUGAUAAGUGCAGUCUGCCUUAUAAGAAAACCAAAAUUUCUUGAUUUAUCUCCUGAGAUUAUUCUCUCUUUCUCUGAUUUUCUGACUUCCCAUCUGUAAAGUAUCUGUAAGCAAUCCCUACCUCACAGGGGUGUUGUGAGGAUUUGUAUUAAAACUGUGUUAGGUUCUAUCAGUAUUAUUGGUAAAAACCAACCAUAUAAAGAAAACUACAUUCUACAUGUUUUCUGCAGCUAAACCUAUUAACUUUAGUAUUCCAACUCAUAAAUUCUAGAAUGUCUUAAAAGCAGUCAUGUACGACUUAAUACUCAAUAAUUAAUUGGCAGAAUUCUUUUUUUUUUUUACAAAUACUCUAGAAAUAGCAGUGUUGCUAGAAUUCCUAUUCUACCUACCAUAGUUUAACCAUCAGUAUUUCUCUUCAGCCUUUAACAAGGAGGAUAUUAAUUCUUUGGUGUUAUUGGGAAUGAAACCUUGCCAAGUUCAACUUUAUUUAAAGUUCCCCCAAACAUAUUGUUUACAUAUAGGAAAAGGAACAAAAAAGCAAUGGAGAGAAUACCAUUUUCAUUUCUCUGAUGUAGGUCAUCUAAAAAGUAGAUGGAGACCAGAAAUGGAGCAGGGCAAAUAACCGAGUAAUUCAUUAUGUUUUGUCAAAAUAGUAAGGCUUCACUUAAAACUGAAGGAAAUACAUAUUAAUCAUGGAAGAAGAUAGUCUGGAAAAUGUAUAAUUCCACUGAUGUUUAUUUGCACAGGCAAAUUCUUGAUGUUGUAACUGAGAUCCUUGAGAAGUAUCCAUUUUUUUGUAGUAAUUGAGGUAAAAAUAGGCCAUGUGAAGAAUUUUUAUAAUGUAAUUUGUAUCUUUGUAUGUUUUAAACUAAAUGUAGCUCUGUGGUAUUUUAUUACAAUUAAUUUUUGAAUUCCUAAGAAUGAAAUCUGUACAUUUUUAUUCUUUGCUGUACUUCCGUGUUUGUAUGGUUGGACUUUUUUGAAAACUGGUAAGAUUAUACAAUCCUAUGCCUGGUUGUCUUAAAUAUAAGGAAUUACAAACUGUGAUUUUUGUCUUCAAGACCUGGAAGAAUCCUUUGUGCUUCAGUGUAUAUCUGUGCCACACUUGAUUAAUUAGUAGAUAUUGCUCCGAUGCAACUGAUGUUAACUGUCAUCAACUCUUCUAUUUUGUGCCAAAUAAAGUCAUU